CUCUUUUGUUUGUUUUUGAUACAUCAGCUUUUAAUAUUCUUCACUCCAACUCUGUUUUCUCUUAAUCUUCUUGUUCCAAUACAUCUUCUUGAAAGUUUUGAAUUGGGUCGUCCUUGGCCUCUCUUUUGCCCACCCCAUUUCUGAACAGUGGUAAAAAAGUAUAAUUAGAAAUUCAGGACCUGUGUUGUGAGUGGUCAUCAUCUCUCUGUUCCUCCUCCCAUGGCGCCCCCAAAUCAAUCUACCCACCCGGUUCCCAUUGACAUCCAAGCUGAAGACGUGAAGAGGUAUUUUCAGUUGUCGGGUGGGAAGCUCAUUGUCAAUGGAACCGUAUUGCUCUCCGAAGUUCCAAAUAACGUCUCCUUGAGUAGCUUUUCAUCCAUCUGUCACUCCUCUGCUGCUCCACCUUCCCUGUUCGAACGAGUCCUCUCUACCUCGCACAGAGGUGCGUUCAUUGGGUUCAGUAAAGAAGCCCCAUUCGAUAGAUUGAUCAACUCCUUGGGUAGCUUCACUGAUAGGAAUUUCGUGAGCAUCUUCAGAUUCAAGACCUGGUGGUCUACCAUGUGGGUGGGAAGCAGUGGGUCCGAUAUACAAAUGGAAACCCAGUGGGUGCUCUUGGAUGUCCCGGAGUUGAGAUCCUACGCUCUGAUCCUUCCAUUAAUUGAAGGAAAGUUCAGGUCCGCUCUUCAUCCGGGCGACGACGGCCAUGUCAUGAUCUGCGCCGAGAGCGGGUCUACUCAAGUGAGCACCUCCUCUUUCAAUGCAAUCGCUUAUGUUCACAUAUCCGACAACCCUUACAAUUUGAUGAAGGAGGCCUACAGUGCUGCUAGGGUCCAUCUCAAUUCAUUUAGGCUGUUGGAAGAGAAGACAGUCCCAGCUCUGGUAGACAAGUUUGGCUGGUGUACCUGGGAUGCCUUCUACCUGACUGUGGAUCCCGUCGGUGUCUGGCAUGGAGUGAAGGACUUCGUUGAGGGAGGCAUCACCCCAAGGUUCUUGAUCAUUGAUGAUGGCUGGCAGAGUAUCAACUUAGAUGGUGAGAAUCCUCACGAGGAUGCCAAGAAUCUUGUCCUGGGCGGCACCCAGAUGACUGCCAGGCUUUACCGGUUUGAGGAGUGUGAGAAGUUCAGAAGAUACAAGGCUGGGACCCUGUUGGGACCCAAUGCCCCAUCGUUCGAUCCAAAGAGACCAAAGAUGCUCAUAGCAAAGGCAAUUGAGCUGGAGCAAGCGGAGAAAGCCCGUGACAAGGAGAUCCAAGCCGGAGUUGGUGAUCUGUCGGAGAUUAAUUCAAAGAUCGAGGUGCUGAAGCAAGAGUUAACUGAGAUGAUCGGUGAUGAAAAUAGUGCUAGUGGUCCAACUCCAACAGGAGGAGGCUGUGGAAGCUGUUCUUGUAAAGCCAGUGAUUAUGGUUUCAAGGCCUUUACUCAGGACCUGAGAACCAAAUUCAAAGGGUUGGAUGAUGUUUAUGUGUGGCAGGCUCUCUGUGGUGCCUGGGGUGGUGUUAGGCCUGGAGCUACCCAUCUCUAUUCAAAGGUGAUCCCUGUUAAAGUCUCCCCUGGACUCGAUGGGACAAUGACUGAUCUCGCAGUGGUGAAGAUCGUUGAAGGUGGGAUUGGGCUCGUUCACCCUGACCAAGCAACUGAUUUCUAUGACUCGAUGCAUUCCUAUCUCUCCAAGGUUGGAAUAGCAGGAGUUAAGGUGGAUGUCAUACAUACACUUGAAUACGUAUGCGAGGAAUAUGGUGGCAGGGUUGAGCUUGCAAAAGCUUAUUACCAAGGGCUGACCAGGUCUCUCGUGAAGAACUUCAAAGGCACAGGACUCAUCUCAAGCAUGCAGCAAUGCAACGACUUUUUCUUUCUGGGCACAUGGCAGAUAUCACUGGGAAGAGUAGGGGAUGACUUCUGGUUCCAAGAUCCCAGUGGGGAUCCCAUGGGCGUGUACUGGCUCCAAGGUGUUCAUAUGAUCCAUUGUGCUUACAACAGCAUGUGGAUGGGUCAGAUCAUACAACCAGAUUGGGAUAUGUUUCAAUCAGACCACCAAUGUGCCAAGUUCCAUGCUGGUUCUAGGGCCAUCUGUGGGGGGCCUGUGUAUGUAAGUGACUCUGUUGGUGGCCAUGACUUUGAUCUCAUAAGGAAGCUCGUCUACCUAGAUGGAACCAUUCCCAAGUGCCACCAUUUCGCCCUCCCCACUAGAGACUGUCUCUUCAAGAACCCUCUAUUUGACAGCAACACCACUCUUAAGAUUUGGAAUUUAAACAAGUUCGGAGGAGUGAUUGGAGCAUUUAACUGUCAAGGAGCUGGUUGGGAUCCGAAGGAGCAAAGGAUCAAGGGCUACUCUCAGUGUUACAAGCCGAUAUCUGCUUCUGUGCAUGUGAGGGAUGUGGAAUGGGACCAAACGACAGAAACGGCUGAAAUGUCCGAAGCCAAUGAAUACGCCGUCUACCUCAACCAGGCAGAGCAACUUCUGUUGGUGACCCCUGAAUCGGAAUCCAUCCAAAUCACCAUCCAACCAUCUUCCUUCGAGAUUUUCAGCUUUGUACCAGUCAAGAGGCUCGGUUCAACUGCUAAGUUCGCACCAAUUGGACUUACCAACAUGUUCAACAGUGGGGGGACCAUACAGGAGUUGGGGUACUACGAAUACGGAGCAGAGAUCAGUGCAAAAAUUAAGGUCAAGGGUGGAGGAAGUUUCUUGGCUUACUCGAGUGAACCACCAAAGAAGAGCUACUCGAAUGGUGAUGAAGUCGGUAUUGAGUGGUCGGAUGAUGGUAAGCUCACCCUGAAUCUUCCUUGGACAGAAGACAGUGGUGGCAUAUCUAAUGUGGGUUUUGUCUUUUGAUUUUGGAACUCUCUUUCUUGGUCUAUUGGGGGUGAUCAGAGAUGUAAUGUGUUCUCAGUUAUUUAUGUACAAGUCUGUCAUACUAAAAUAGAUGAAUGUAGCUCAAGUCAAGAAGAUAUAUGUUUGAUUCUAAAUCCCUGAUUUGAGAUUUAUAUUAAUUAUCAUGCA